AUGAAUGCCGAUACGUUGUACGGUAGUAGAGUUGUCAGUGAAUUAGAUUGUAUUAUCUUCUUCUUCAAGUCGCGCAAAUUGGCAAACCAAGCAAUAUCUGCUGGUGCUAAGUCCAAGCUCACUAUGAUACCUCAAACCGUCAAAACAUCAUUCCGUUAUAAGGUCGACAAGGAUUUAGACAAGACUAAUAUGCAUUCUAUUAUCUCAACCCUUGGUUCUUCUAUCAACAAUAUCAAUUUUAGCAAGAUGGAUGAUCAGGAAUUUUGGGCUAUUGGUACUAAUAUUGAGUUACCUGCCAAUCAUUUGAAGAAAUUUAAGCUUUCCAAAAUGAGAACAGAUAUCUCUCGCUUCCGUAUUGCCUUUAAUGGUAAAGAAAAGAUCUUCCUAAACUCAAGGGUGCCAUUAGUUCCCAAUGGAAAGUCAAGAUUGAGAGUAUCGAGUUGGCUAAGAAGAUGGCUGUUGUUGGUAUUAAAAAGAUCAAAUUACCAAUAA